AUGAAGUGUGAGCACUGCACGCGGAAGGAAUGCAAUAAGAAAACAAAAACUGAUGACCAAGAAAAUGCCUUGGUUGAUGCGACCAGUCCAGCCCGGGAGAAGGAAGAAAAGGGAGAAUUCCAUAAGUUGGCUGAUGGCAAAAUAUUUCUGAGUGACUGUCUGGCUUGUGACAGCUGCGUGACUACAGGAGAAGGGGUCCGAAUUUCCCAGCAGAAUGCCAAGGACUUCUUCCGCGUUGUGAACCUCAAUAAGAAAUGCGAUACCUCACAGCACAAAGUGCUGGCUGUGUCUGUGUGUCCUCAGUCGUUGCCUUAUUUUGCUGCUAAAUUCAACCUCAGUGUGACUGAUGCUUCCAGAAGACUCUGCGGCUUCCUCAAAGGUCUGGGAGUGCACUAUGUGUUCGACACAACCAUCGCUGCCGAUUUCAGCAUCCUGGAGAGCCAGAAGGAGUUUGUGCGGCGCUUCCAGCAACACAGUGAGGACAAGCGGGCACUGCCCAUGCUCACCUCCGCCUGUCCUGGUUGGGUCCGGUAUGCUGAGCGGGUGCUGGGGAGUCCCAUUACCCCCCACCUGUGCACUGCCAAGUCCCCCCAGCAGAUCAUGGGCUCAUUGGUGAAGGACUACUUCGGCAGCCAGCAGCACCUCUCUCCAGAUGAGAUCUUCCACGUCAUUGUGGGCCCUUGCUAUGACAGGAAGUUGGAAGCACUCCAAGAGGAUGUCCACACAGCCUCGCGUACCUCGCAGGGUGUGGACUGCGUGCUGACGUCGGGUGAGUUGCUGCAGAUGAUGGAGCAGAGUGACCUCGCCGUGAAGGAUGCCACUGUCGACACUCUGUUUGGAGACUUGAAGGAAGAAGAGGUGCGGCGCCAUGAUGGAGCCAUCUCGGACGGGUACCUGGCCCACGUCUUCCGGCACGCGGCCAAAGAACUGUUUGGCGAGGAGGUGAAGGAGGUCACCUAUCGAGCCCUGAGAAACAAGGACUUCCAGGAAGUCACCCUGGAGAAGGGCGGGGAGGUCGUGCUGCGAUUUGCGGCUGCUUGUGGCUUCCGCAACAUCCAGAACAUGGUCCUGAAGCUGAGGAAGGGCAGGCUACCGUACCACUUUGUGGAGGUCCUCGCGUGUCCUGGAGGGUGUCUGCAUGGCAGGGGCCAGGCCCGGGCUGAGGACGGCCACGCAGACAAGGCCCUGCUGCGGCAGAUGGAAGGCAUCUACUCAGAGAUCCCUGUGCGGCCCCCGGAGAGCAGCGAGCACGUGCAGGCGCUGUACCGGGAGUGGCUGCACGGCGCCGACCCCCCCAGGGUCCAGGCAGCGCUGCACACCUCGUUUGCAAGCACGGGGCUCCCCCCCAGCGGCUUAGACAUCAAAUGGUAG